GUGUGCGGCUGCGCGCUGCUCAAUGCUUUCGCCGUUGCUGACGCGAGUGGUCAGGAAAACGGAGUGUGUGUAGCUACUCUCUGGCAGCUAGCUAGUUAACGAAGGCCAGAGUGUAGUAUUAGUUGGGAGCGUAGGGGACGAGGUAAUGAUAGUGAGUCAGCGGCAAUAACCAGCUUGUUACCAACCUCUCCCGUAUGUGAUCGCCCUUGCUCGUCGUCGGACGCUGCCAGCGAGGGCCAAGGAACAAAAUAGCAUAUCGCCAUUAUAUGAUCCAGUGUCCAGCGUCACUUUUACCCUCCAUGUGGGUGAGGGAACUGUGUGUAUCAGAUUAUGGCGAGAAAAACAGUUAGCAGGAAAAGGAAGGCAGGAGAGCCCAAAGACCAACAACAGCUGGGCUGGUGUCAAGCGCCACACAAGCGGAGCCGUGUUUCUUGUUCAUCACGUCACGCCCAGCAGUGGUGGUGCAGUCGGCGCUCGGUGGUAUGUGCUCUCCGGGGGCGGGAGUUCAGACCUCAACAGCAGCAUGAGUUGCGGCUCCAGCGGAGCCUUCAGGGUUUUGCGGCUGGCAGGCUCCCCGGCAUCCUCAAGGAGAGGGAGUUCUCCCUGGGGCGACUCAACAAGGUGUUUGCUUCACAGUGGCUCAACCACAGGCAGGUGGUAUGCGGGACCAAGUGCAACACGCUUUUUGUAGCUGAUGUCCUGACGGGGCAGAUAACGCGCAUUCCCAUGCUGAAGGACAGGGAGUGUCAUGGUGGAGGCUCUGGGGUUGCGGGUGCAGUGGUGGCGGGGCGGCAUUACCACCCCAUAGCAGGCUCUCGUGCCCGGCUGGACCAGCAGGGUUGUGGGAUCCACGCUAUUGAACUCAACCCCUCCAGAACACUGCUAGCCACCGGAGGAGACAACCCCAACAGCCUGGCCAUCUACCAGCUGCCCACACUGGACCCUGUUUGUGUGGGAGAUGAAGGUCACAAUGAUUGGAUCUUCUCCAUAGCAUGGAUCAGUGACAAUAUGGCGGUUUCUGGGUCCAGAGAUGGCUCCAUGGGCCUGUGGGAGGUGACCGAGGACGUAAUGAGCCAGGCUGAACGCAGUCAGAAUGAGGAGGCAGUACCUUCAUACGCCCACAUCUCCCACCGUGCCCUCAAGGACAUCCCAAAGGAGUACACCAACCCAUACAACUGUAAAGUCCGUGCACUGGCCUUCAACAACAAUCAUAAAGAGCUGGGUGCUGUCUCUUUGGAUGGCUAUUUCCACCUUUGGAAAGCUGAGCACAACUUGUGCAAGAUACUCUCCACCAAGCUGCCUCACUGCAAAGAGAAUGUGUGUUUGGCAUAUGGACAGGACUGGUCCGUGUACGCGGUGGGUUCUCAGGCCCAUGUUUCCUUUCUGGAUCCACGGCAGCCUACACACAGCAUCAAGUCUGUCAAUUCCAGAGAGAGGGGAAGCGGGAUCCGUUCAGUGAGUUUCUACGAGCACAUUGUUACAGUGGGCACCGGCCAAGGUUCCCUUCUCUUCUACGACAUCCGGGCCCAGAGAUUCUUGGAGAACCCUUUGAAUCCAGCCGGAGGGUACCGAAAGUGCCCAGGAGAUGGCAUACUCAAACUCUCUACAGGGAAAGGCUGGCUGAAUCACGAUGAGACGUGGAGAAGUUACUUCUCAGACAUUCAUUCCUUCCCCAACGCGGUGUACACCCACUGCUACGACGACUCUGGCACCAAGCUGUUUGUAGCGGGUGGACCACUCUGUUCUGGCCUGCACGGCAACUACGCAGGACUGUGGAGCUAGCCUCUUCGUCUUCUCCCUCCCUCUAUCACUACAUCCUCGUCCAGAUUUAUUCCUAACCAGUCCCUCCAUCCCUCUUCUUCUACAAGUCACUCUGUUUUGCUCACACAUGGACUCAGGAGCAUGAUUUUGCCCCCCCACAGUAUCACAGCUUUGAAUAUUGUGUAGGUUUGUGUCCACUUUUACACUAUACCUUUCUCCUCCAAUUAUUCUUUUGCUCCUUCCACCUCAGCUACUCAGUUUUUUUGGGGGUUUUUUUAUAUAUGAAAAUGUACAAACAAUUAACUAGUAAUUUUCAAGAGCUGCAAAGUCUGCCACUGAGGAACUCGGAAGACUUUUGAAAAAAAACAUUAAGAAUAAAGUAAUACGUGUUCUCAUCAUUUAAAACAUCCAAGGAAUUAGGCUCUGGUCUUUUGCAGGCUUGUUUUUUGUAUGUAAGAAUAGUGUUUACCGCUGCUUCCUCUGUGUGUCUUUGUGAAAUAUCUGUGGAAUUUUUCUCCCCAAAGUUCCUUUUCAGUCUCUCACUGAAAUGGAUGGCAAUAAAAGAGAGGGAGAGAGGAAGAAGGACUGAAGAGACAAUUCAUUUUGAAGGACUGAACCGGAGUGCAGUUUGACGUUUGAUAAAGAAUAUUAACUGGUUGGAACAGUGCGCCCUGUCCCACAAGAAUCACAAAGAACUUCGCUCUUCUCCAGGCAGAAGUAAAAAAUUAAGAAGCCAAUCAAAAUGGGACUUGUGUUCAUAUUUUUUCUCACUGAGAUGAUGUAAAGGAGGAAUAUUUAGAUUGCUGAAUGCAGUGUUCUGCUCUGAAUUAAUCCCAACAAAUGCAUAUUUUAUUUUUGACUGUGUGUGAUUUGACAGGCAAACCUCUGCUGAUAUUCUAA